AGUGAGAGAGGCGCAGUACAGAGCAGGUGUUGGUGGUGCACGCGCGUGUGUGUGUGUGUGUCUGGGUUGCCUUUUGCCGGGGUACGUGUCCUGCCCCCUCCUCUCCUCCCCUCCUUCCCCCCUUCACUGCUGCUGCUUGGUGGUACUGGUGCUGCUGCUACACUCAAUGUGCGCCAGACCUCGGCCACAGGAGCACCCCACCUUGGCCAGCCCAGCAUCACCAAACCACCACCAGGAAUACUGAAUUAGCCCCGAGAACAUGACAAAGGCAGUGUAGACCAACCCACACCUCUAUCCUGCUGCCGUGGUGGUGGUGCGUGGGCGGCGGUGGUGCUGGUGGUAGUGCACGGAAGGAGGAGGAGGAGGAGGAGAAGGAGGAGGAGGAGGAGGUGUGGUGAUGAGAAGUAAAGAUGUGAUGAGAGUUCCAGUGUGUUAAUGUCUUCCAUUUGAACGACGAGGAAAGAUUAAGGGAGAAAGUUUUAGAGUGAGUGAGCGUUGAGAGUGAGAAAGAGAGAGAAAAAAGAGAGAUACAACGGAACAGAUACUAAAAAGAAAUCUUGAGAGGAAAAAAUAGAAAAAAAGCAAAAACAAGAGACUAACAGACAGACAGAAAAUCCAGGAAAGAGAGAGAGAAAAAAAAAAGGAAGAAACAGAAAAAGAGAAAAGAGAAGAAGAGUGAGAAAGGAGUGAGUGAGCUAGUGAGAGAAAGAGAGCAAGAGAGCGUGGGAGGCGAGGGUGCGCGCGUGUGUGGGAAGCGAGCAUAGAAACCCAACCAGCCCUGGAGACGUGCAACCCACAACACCCAAGAACUUAAGACCCUCAAGAACCAAGUAGUGACGAGCGUGGGCAGCGAAUGAGAGUCUUCUGAACCAAACCAAGACCCGAACACACCACGCGAGCGCCACAAGACCCAGAGAAGGAACCACAACACUCAGAACACACCAAGAACCCAAACAACUAAGGAACCACAAGUCUAGACACCCCUUGAGUCACUCCAGAAGCAGAGGAAGAUGGCAAACGUCUCGCAACUCAUCCGGCGGCAAAGCUCCAGGGAACUGUCGGCGCAGAAGUCGGUGGAUCGCCUGGAAUUAGAGUUGGAGGCGCGUCUGGUGCCAACGACCGAGGAGGUGCCUGACUACGGGGCCACCAACCAUGCCUUUGAAGCCUCGCCCGCCGCUGACACCCCGCCUAAGGUACUGGAUGAGGCGGCUCCUCCCGUGGCAGCAGGGGUGGAGUCUGGCGUAAAGGAAGGCGGUGUGGGAGAAGAGCGUGAAUCCUGGGACAACAAGCUACAGUUCCUGCUGGCCACGGUCGGUUACGCGGUGGGACUCGGCAACGUGUGGCGCUUUCCUUACCUGGCGCAGAAGAACGGUGGAGGCGCCUUCCUCAUCCCGUACUUCAUCAUGCUGGCCUUUAUGGGGCUGCCGCUCUUCUACCUUGAGCUCGCCGUGGGCCAGAGGAUCCGCAAGGGGGCGCUGGGGGCGUGGCAUCAAGUCUCCCCUAACCUGGGCGGCGUGGGCGUGUCCUCCGCUGUGGUGUCCUUCGUGGUGGCGCUCUACUACAACACUGUCAUCGCCUGGUGUCUCUACUACUUCUUCCAGAGCUUCCAGUCGCCGCUGCCGUGGGGGGACUGUCCUCACGCCGUGGGUGUGGUGGAGGAGAACAACACAAGUCUGAUGGCGGAGUGUGAGCUGGCGGGGCCCACGCAGUACUUCUGGUACCGCGACGCCCUGGAGAUCACGCCAGGCAUCGAGGACCCGGGCCAGUUCAACUGGAAGAUCGCUGGCUGCAUGGGCGCCGCCUGGGUCAUCAUCUACGUGUGCAUCAUGAAGGGCAUUGUGGCCUCCGGCAAGGUGGUGUACGUGACGGCUGUGUUCCCUUACCUGGUGCUCAUUGCGUUCUUCUGCCGCGGCGUGACUCUGAGGGGCAUGUCUGACGGAAUCACGCACCUCUUCACGCCGAGGUGGGAGAAGCUGGAGGACCCGGUGGUGUGGCUGGAGGCGGGCACACAGAUCUUCUUCUCCCUGGGCCUGGCGUUCGGGGGUCUCAUUGCGUUUGGCUCCUACAAUCCCGUCAACAACAACUGCUUAAGAGACGCGAUCAUGGUCUCGGUCACCAACUGCUUCACGUCCCUGCUGGCUGGCGUGGUGGUCUUCUCUAUACUAGGCUUCAAGGCCCACAAGACCCACGACCACUGCCUGGAGGAGCUGGAGAGGAAGAAGGAGGCGCUGCUGGAUGAAGACCCGAAUGUCAACCUAGAUGGCCUCCUCCCCGUCUGUGACAUUCAGGAGGAGCUGCAGAAGUCCGCGGCAGGCACGGGUCUGGCCUUCAUCAUCUUCACGGAGGCCAUCAACCAGUUUCCCUUCCCGCCUCUCUGGGCAGUGUUGUUCUUCCUCAUGCUGUUCACUCUCGGGGCUGACUCGCAGUUCGGCACACUGGAGGGCGUCAUCUCCUCCCUCAUCGACCUCAAGGUGUUCCCCAACCUCAGGAAGGAGGCCAUCUCAGGUAUCGUGUGCAUCAUCUGCUUCUUCAUCUCCCUGAUCUUCACACACGGCGCCGGGAACUACGUCUUCCAGCUCUUUGACUCCUUCGCUGGCAACAUUCCCCUUCUCGUCAUUGGCCUUAUGGAGUGUGUGGGAAUUAGCUACGUCUACGGCAUCAAAAGGUUCGCGAGUGACGUGGAGCUGAUGUGCGGGUCGCGGCCUUCCCUGUACUGGCUGGUGUGCUGGAAAGUGGUGUCCCCGCUCCUCAUGAUCACCAUCCUCGUGGCCUCACUAUUCAAGAUGGCCGUGGAGGGAAGCACGUACCUGGCUUGGGACACAGAGAGCGGGGUGAGCAUCAACAAACAGUGGCCGUGGUGGGCGUGGGUGAUGGCCGGGCUCCUUGUCUUCCUGCCCCUCAUGUGGAUGGCCAUCGUGCCCUUCGCUAAUCUUCUGGGCUUCCAAAUGCUGUCGGAGGAGGCGCCAGCUUGGUUCCCCGAGAAGGAGCUACGCAGUGCUCAGGACAUCACCCCGCAGCGCUUCACGGCCCUCGAGCGAGCACUUCUCUGCCUCUCAGUGUCCACGGAGUCGCUCAGGUCCACAGAUGACGAGACAGCAGGGAGGGGCGGCGAAGGCGGUGGAGGAGGGAAGAAGAAGGAAGGUGGAGGAGGCGGAGGAGGAGGAGGAGGUGGAGGAGGGGAGAUGAGCAGCCACGGGUCUCAAGUUCCUCCUCCCUGCCUCCAAGCGAUCUCCUUCCAUCAAAUCCUUCUCCUCCAUUACUUCCACCUCCUCCGGUAACGUCCUGAAGAUUGGAGGAGGAGGUGGAGGAGGAGGAGGAGGAGGAGGAGGAGGAGGAGGAGGAGGAGGAGGAGGAGGAGAAGGAGGAGAUAAGGAUGAUAAACAGCAGCAUUCCAGAAGUAAGAGCGAUGAGAAGAAUAAGAAAAAAGCUGAUAAAGGAGGGAAUAGGAAGAGCAUGUAA